CAAGUCGCCCAAGCAUGUGACGUAUGCUGUCAUGUGACCGGCGACCAGGAAGAGCAACCUUUUUUUGGACGCCAAGAGGAAAACAUUACGCCUAUGUGUUCUCGCACAGCCGAAUAACCAACAUUUCAAGCCAAACGGUUCUUGGAGAGACAACAUGUCGUACGGUCAAGGAGACAGUUAUCGCCCGGUCCCUCGGGAUUUCACCAGCCUCAUCCAGACAUGUACCUCCAAUAUACAGAAGAUCACGCAAAACACCGCUCAGAUCAAGAACAUGGUGAGCCAGUUGGGAACCAGGCAGGACAACAGUGAACUUCAGGAUCGCCUUCAGCAGAUCCAACACUACACCAACCAGCUUGCAAAAGAAACCAACAAGCACCUGAAGGAGUUGGGCUCUGUUCCUUUGCCAGCCUCACCCUCGGAGCAAAGGCAGCAGAAGAUUCAGCGGGAACGGCUGAUGAACGAGUUCUCCGCAGCUCUCAACAACUUUCAAGCGGUCCAGCGGCGCGCGGCCGAAAAGGAGAAGGAGUCGGUAGCUCGAGCGAGAGCCGGAUCUCGUCUAUCGGCGGACGACAGUUUGCGAGAUGAAAAGCUCGUCUCUUUUGAUAAUCAGGACGACUGGGGUCAAAUGACCACUCAGACGGAGGAAGCGGCCAUCACUGAGGAGGACCUGGAACUUAUUAAGGAGAGAGAAACCAACAUCCGACAGCUGGAGUCGGACAUCCUGGACGUCAACCAGAUUUUUAAGGACCUCGCAGUGAUGAUCCAUGACCAAGGAGAGAUGAUUGAUAGCAUCGAGGCAAACGUGGAGAAUGCCGAAGUUCAUGUCGAGCGAGGAGCAGAGCAACUGCAGAGAGCUUCCUACUACCAACAAAAGUCCCGGAAGAAGAUGUGCAUCCUGGCGUUAGUCUGCUCCAUCGCACUGGUCAUUCUGGGCAUCAUCAUCUGGCUUGUAUCAAAGUGACGUCACACGCACCAUGUUAACUCCAGCUUUGUUCUUUCUGUAUUAUAUAUAUUACACGCUGCCCUCCUCUCACCUGAAAGUACCUGCUAGGAGAGCUCACAGGAUUGCCGCCAUAGAUUAGUGCAGAGCUGCAAACAUGCCAAGCUCCACCCACCACGGACGGGUUUCUUUUGUUUUAUUUUGGGAGGGAGGGAGGAUAAUACACACAUUUGAACUGCAUCUAAAGACCAACUGAGGUGGUUGAGGGGAUUGAUUGAUUGAUUGAUUUUCUUGCACUAACACUCGCAAUUUCAAGUGUUUCAUUAUUGCAAUUAGUAGACCAAACUAGGAAAGAAUAUAUCAUAUUGUGAUUUCUUUUUUUUUCCGUGUGUAUGAUUGUCGUCAUCUCUUCUUGUGGCACCUUCUCAUCAAAAAGUGUGUAUAUUGCACAAUUCAAGUCAGUUAGAAAGACUACAGAGAGCUGGCUGGCUCGCUGGCUGGCACACACACACAAGCAGGACGACUCCAAGCAGCGAUUGUCGUAAAACUGUUGUAUACACAGUCAAUUCCUAUUUGUAAAUAUUACGCUGUACUGCAUUCUAGCCUAUUAUCAUGUACGGUAGAUUGCGAAAACGCAACGCCUGUCCCAAGAAGCAACAGAAUUGAUUUAUACGACUCGUGUCAGUAUAUGGAAUAAAUGUCUUGAUUGCAGUA